CAAUAUCUUUUACUGUAGUUAAAAUCUGUGUAUUGUAUGGACACUAACCAAGUCAUCUUAUGAAUUAGGUAUCUUCCCCCAAAAAAAAUGAAUUAGGUCAUCUUCCUCCCUUAGUUCUUUACUUCUCUUUUGCACCCAAAACUUUGAAUUCAAAAAAUCAUGCAUAAAAAAUCAUCGAUUUCAAUCUACAACCUACUUCGCAAAAACCCCUUUACCCAAUGUACAAAACCAAAAAAUUCUCUUUUCAAAUCAAUUGCACCAAUUUCUACCCACAAAUGUUCUCUCUCAAAACCCCCAAUUUCUUCCAAACCCACUUCAAAUUUCCCCCAUUUCAACCACCCAUCAUCCUUAAUUUCUCAAUUGAGGAGUUACAGUGGAGAUUCAGCUGAAAAUUUUGACAAAAACACGAUAGUGGAUGAAAUUAAUUUGAAAUUUGCUGAAGCAAGGGAGGAAAUUGAGGCAGCUAUGGAGUCUAAAGAGACUGUUUAUUUCAAUGAGGAAGCUGAGUGUGCUAGAGCUGCUGUUAAGGAAGUGUUGGACAUGUUUCAGGGCUUGUUGGGGAGGUUGAAGGAUCAGGAGAGAGAAGCUUUGCAAAGGUCUAUGGGACUCAAGAUUGAGCAGCUUAAGGCUGAGCUUCAGCAGUUGGAUGAUUGAUUUCGAUUCGAUUUUUGAGGUUCGAGUUUUUAUUUUUUUAAAAAUUAUCAAUGACAGUCUUAAUUUUGUUGAGAUAAUCACUUUAGUGUUAGUUAUAUUGAGUAUAAUACCGCAAGGAGUUACUUCAGUAGCUGAGGAAAUUGUAGUAUGAUUCUCAUCUCUUAUGUUGCAGUUUUAAUAAGGAAUGUUGUGGAACAUAAACAGUUUUGUGUUGUAUAUCAUUGAUUAAGAAUUAAUGACGUUUAAUUUAACAGAGUUUA